AACACCAGAGAAAUAAUGGGAAACAAACUAAAAGAGAUACCAUUUGAGAAAUGGCCGCAAUUGCGAGACUUAUAUCGGCAUCUCAUAGAUAGUCCCUCUUGUUACAAUACCAUACAAACAUUCAUCGAUUGGUAUAGCCUAGAUCCAAAUGUGCCACUUACCAUCUACACGCCCAGUGACGAGUGGGACAAGGAUGGAACAUAUAUAGCCCAUCUACCUCCCCUCGACUAUCUAUACUGUAACACCCUCAAAGAUGACUUGUCCGAUUUAGUGCAUGGAUUAAAUUGCUUUGAUAAUUCAAAUAUGGUGGCAGGUUUCCAGGAGCGUUUAUUGCCAGCUGUAGAAAAUCAUUUUCUGGAUUCUGGCUUAACCAGGGAACAGUUUUUAUCUGUAGGUGCAGAGUGGAAAACCAUUUCCAGAGAAAAAGCCCUAAACUUUAAUACAGUUCUUCCCAAUAACAUAACCACAAAAGAUUUGGAUAAAAGUCAUGCUGAACAGAUCAACGAUGUUUGGCCCCACAAAAGCCAGGAUUCGUUAAACUAUGUCAAGCAUCUCAUAAAAUACAAUAAGAGUGUGGGUAUAUUUGAGGACAAUAAUUUGGUGGCUUGGUGCUUGAUAGAGCCCCUGGGAUCCUUAAGUUUAUUACAAGUCGAAGAGUCCCACAAGCGUCGUGGCUUGGGUAAACUGGCUGCAAAACUCAUCUCCAAGUAUUUGGCCGAAAAUAAUGCUCCUGUAGCGGCGGCUGUAGUAUUUGGUAAUGUGGCCUCCCGUUGCAUGUUCCAACAACUUGGAUUUAAAGCCAAUGAAAAUGUCUACUGGUUCGUAGUUAUCUCGAAAAUUACAUUUAAGAUGUCUUUAGUGCAAAUUACCCAGGUUCAAGCUGUUCGAAAACUAAGAGACGUGUAUCUUAAAGAUUGGCCUCAGCAUUGUGUUGGCUUUUAUUGCUUGGAUAACUUCUACAACUGGAUGAAUUUGGAUGGCAACAACAAACACUUGAAAAUAUACACUGUGAGCGGAGAGGAUGGUGCUAACAGUGGUCUCUAUGUCAUUGUCGACCGCUAUCAAUUAUUUUGUGGCUCUCUCAACACAACAGACUGUACGAAGCUCACAAAUGCUUUGGAGCAAUUAGAUUGGUCUCUUGGUUUUAAGGUGAGCUCUUUUCGAGAGUGCCACAGACCCUCAGUAUUGAGUGUGGUACAAAGCAAGGGGCUGCAGUGUGAGUACGAUAGUCUGACUCUGCUAUACUACAUGCCAUGUGACAAAGCCAAGCAACUGGAGAUAGGUUGUCCCCAAGGAUUUUAUGUUAAGCCCUUAUCAUCUGCCUCUGAUGCCGAGGUUAUUGACACACUGUGGCCAAACAGACAUGACGGCUCUUUGUUUCUCAUAAGGCGUCUCAUCGAUUGGAACACAAAUAUGGGCGUCUAUGUAGAAGGAACCAAUGAAUUGGUUGCCUGGUGUCUGCGUCUACAGGGUGGCUUUCUUGGAGCACUACAAGUCAAAGACAAUUACCAGCGCUUAGGUUUGGGCAGUGUUGUUACACGAGCCACAUCUCUUCGCUUAGCCGAACAAGGCAACGAUGUAAUGGCCCUUGUGAACGAGGAGAACAGGCCUUCUCGUGGUAUGUUUGAAAACUUGGGUUUCACUGUUACUGAUCGCUGUUAUUGGUUACGAACAUAUCCAACCGUGGAAAACUUUGCAUGGCCCGAUGGCGAAUAAUAAUCAAAGAGUAAUUAAGAGCCAUGAUCGCUUACUCUUUUCCAACGCAUAGCAGUUAGAUGGUAGAGCAUAAGAACAACAAACUUUUAGUUGUCGUUUGUCCGUUCUCCUGUCUGUUUGUCAUAAUUGUAAUUUCAUUUACACAUACCCCCAAAAGCCCCUUAACUCACUUAAGUCGAACAAAGAAAAAUAUGAAACAAUUGCAAAUUUUGAAAAACA